UAGUUGCGUCCAUCGCCAAGUCGGACCGUACACGUAGCGCAUUGGAGAGGCGACAGCAGCAGCAGAAACAACGGCGAAUUCCGCCAUCGUCAACCAUCGCUAUUCACGAGAUACUCAAAGUAAGAAGUGAAUUUAAUUACAGAGCAAACUGAAAGUGAAAAUUGCUACAAUCGAAGUCGUUAUGAUUUUAAGUUUUAAAUUUAGAAUACACUACAUCAGAGCAACAUGAUCAACAGCGCGAAUACAGUGGACUUUAAAGUUAUGAAUCAUGGUAAUGUCUUACUACAGUCGGAAAUGGUGCCAUUGGAAAAAUGCAAGCUAGUGCACACUGCGAAAAUACCUCAAAGUGGUGGAGAAAGAUUUACUACGUCAUAUGCAAUACAAACUUCCCUUGUUGAUCCCUACCCAUACACCGCAGAGAAGAAACACGGAGCCGAUAUUCAAAGUGCCCAGACCAAAGAGAUUCACAUGCAGCCACAACGUGUCCAUGUACAGCAUCUACAAACUCACCCCAAUUUGCAGAACAACCGUUGGAGUUCGCAUACGUUUUACAAUUUAAGUAAGGGAACGGAUAGGUCUACACCAAAAGUGUGUACAACUAAAACAAACCACAACAAUAACUUAAUUAGCAAAGAAAGUGCCUUUAGUUUAAGCAGCAACAGCAACAGCAAUAACAACAACAAUAAUAAUACUAAUAUUAAUAAUAACAUCAGCAUCCCAAAUACUUUCAAGAAUAUUGAAAGUAGCAAGGACUUGCCAAUAGUCGGCAAUGGACCUAUUCGGUCAAUUCGAGAGGUAGAUGCUCAUAGGGAGUUAAGUGAUAGGCGUAUGACGUCCGUUUAUAGAACUGAUUACCAAGAAAAUGCCUUUCUCCGCAUCGAGGAUGUGCACAAUUAUGCUAAGUUGGAUCGUUAUAGCUAUUCGAACGAGAGUAGCAAUAGCAGUAUGCAUGAGGAGGAGAAUGAGGAUGAAGAUGAAGAUUUAGAUGAGGAUUUGGAUGAUAACAAUGAUGAUGCCGCUACAAAUUACGAGCGUUAUUUAAGGAAUAGCAAGCAAAUUGCCGCAAGGAAGGGGAAAUCUGUUGAGGAAGCACAGCUGAAUAUGGGUAAUAUGCGAGUCACUAGAAUGGAAACGGAGGAGACUGAACAUAAUGUGGAUGUUGAGACUGUGCACACAAUGCAAAAUGAUGCUGGAGUGGCGGUGGCAAGCACACCCGAUCAUCAUGCGCGCAGGCCAAUGAAUGCUUUUCUAAUAUUUUGUAAACGUCAUAGAGCCAUCGUUAAAGAAAGAUACAAGUCAUUGGAGAAUAGAGCAAUCACAAAAAUACUGGGUGACUGGUGGGCUUCCUUAGAUGCCAGUGAUAAAAAAUGCUUCACGAAUUUGGCGCAGCAGAAUAAAGAUGCAUUUUUCAACGCGAAUCCAAAUUUUAAGUGGUACAAGCUGCCCGCUCCGCCACUUCGCACCCUAAACACUCGACCGGGCAAUAAUGAACGCCCUGUGGACCAAGAUGAUGACAUCAAAUCGAUGAUGGCAAUGCAAAAUAGCGGCACUAUGCUACCCAAAUACACAACCAAAAGCAACAAUAGCUUCUUUAAACUAGCUGAUGAAGCACAAAUGGGCGAACUUAGUGCGUUAAUUAAUGGGGAAGGCAACAAUGCGAACAGUAACAUGAACCAGAGUGCAUUGCAGCAAGCGCUGGGUGAAACAUCGCAGUUUCUGAACGCCUAUAUGCCACCCAACUGUGAGGCAGACGGCGGUCAAGCGAGUAAAAAUCGCUUGCUCAGUGAGAACAGCUUCUCCAGUAAUGGCAGUGAAGAUGAUGUUUUACCUAAAAAAUCAUCACGAGCGUGUAAGGGGAAAAUUUAUCAAGAACUUAUCAAUUCGGGGCAGAUUUCAGCUGUUUCGAAAAAAGUGAAAGCGCCCAAAUCACAAAGUCAUGCCAUCGGUUUCACUCAUCAAACUGUGAAUCCGUCCCACAAUUGUAAUCAAAUUUCGUUAGAGGGUUCCAACAAUAUUGCAUCCAUUUGUGCGACCUUACCCAUAUCUAAAAAUAGCGUGAAAAUACCUGAAACUUUCGCUGGGGAGUGUUCUCAUACAAACAGUGAUCUGUUAAGUUUUGAUCUGGAAGAGAAAAUUAAAGAACUGCCAGCUCUCAGCUUAGAUCUAUAUUUGCAACGCAAACGUAAUACGAAAAAGAAAAAGAAAUUCACAUCGAAGAAGCGGCAUUCAAAUAGCGCAUCAAGCAGCAAAAAUUUAGGGGUGGUAAAUGUAACAUCUACGGCACCAACAGCGACUACCAACAAGAUGCGGGAAGCGCAAUCACAUCCGGCUGUGGGUAGUCAAAAAAGAAAAGCGCGAAAAGAGAGCAUCACGAGACGUGACAUUACCGCUAUUGAGAACGAGAUCGCGUCUGUUAUUCCAUUGGCUAAGAGUUUCAGUACCAUAAAUGGCUGUUAUUAUUUUAAUGAGUCGGCAGGUUCGGCAAUAUCAAAAUCUCUGCUAUUGGGGGGAAUGGCAAACUCCACGGUUGCAAUGGCAGACAAUCAGCGAACCAACGCAAGUUUUGGCAAUUUAAGCAAUGAUAACAUUUCGUCUACCUCAGACUUAUUCAUUCUGGCCGAGGUUGCUGCCAAUCGCACCGAACUAACAAAUUGAAUUGCAAUCGGUUAUCAUUGCACUAUCAUUAAUACAACCAUAUAAGUACCAAAAAGAAAUUGUAUCGUAAACAUGAAUCUGUUGCAUUGGUUCACAUAUGCUUAGUUUAUAGAAGUAAUGAAAAAAUUGUUAUUGUUUUCGAAAGUUAUAUUUAAUACCAUUAGUUUAAAGUCGGAAAUAAAAUUAUAGUAAUAUUUUCACAAA